CUUUUGUUUAGUUAGACCCUAUGUAAGAUUAUUCUUUGUUCUGCUGCGCAACUCAGAGUCUCUUUAAUCCCCCCAGAGUGUCCCGCUCGACACUAGACCGUCUUUUUUUUUCGCCCACCAACAUUCUUUACUCCGCCCCUCCUUCAGCGACGCCGGUCGUUUCACCAUGGUGAAUUCUACACAACAUGCAUCUUCAACUUCGAGCAAUCCAUCCGACCUUGAUAUGACUCUCGCCUAUCAUCUCGACCUUGUAAUUUCUAUUGUCAUCCUCACCUUUGCCUUAUUCACCGUCCCCCGUGCUAUCGCUCGCUUUGCGAACCCCUCCGAACGAUUUCGCGGUUUUCUUUUGCGCUAUGUUCCUUUGCGUCACAGGUCUCGCAUUAACCUCAACACCGACUCCGUUUACCUGAAUUCCGACCCCGAGAAACCUGUGCUGGAUAUAGACGAGAGCUCAGAAGGAUGUAAUACAACCUUCAAGGAACUGCCAACUCUGCCUAUGCGAACUCUUAGAAAUGACGCAAACGGUCUGCCUUUGGGCGGACAAAAACCAGUACACAUGCCCAUGCUCUCGUCGCUCGUUCACCCAGUAACAAGCAUUUUAAGUCGUUCUGUUCACGAAGGUUAUACGGUUGGACAAGUCCUUUUAUUGGCGGGAUAUACUGCCCUGGUCCUUUACUGCGGCUUCUAUAAAUCAAAUCCUUUCUCUGAUCCUCUGCGAGCCGGUUGGAUUAUUACUUCACAAAUACCCUUUUUGUACAUUUUUGCAACCAAGAACAAUGUAAUCGGUGCGCUACUCGGCGUUGGAUAUGAGAAGCUCAAUUACCUGCACCGUCUCGUCGGUCGUUUGGUCGUCGUCGGAGCCAACGUCCAUGCACUUGGUUUCAUUUACAAAUGGAGCCUUGCGGGGCAGUUAUCUAAAGAGUUGGCCCAACCGUACAUUCGUUGGGGUUUGGUCGGACUCGUCUGUGUUGAUCUUCUUGGCAUUGGAUCCACUCAGUUCGUCAGGUCCAAAUCUUACAAUCUCUUCAUCAUAACGCACGCCCUUGGGCUGUUCGUAUUCUUGUUCGCCGUGUGCUAUCACCGUCCGGGCUGCGUUCCGUAUGUCACAGCCGCCUGCGUAUUUUACGGCCUCGAUCACCUCAUACGUAUUGCGAAGACACGUAUCACCACCGCUACGCUCCGCCCUAUUCCCGAGUUGGGACUCACGAGGGUUGAGAUUCCAACGCUCAACUCGGGUUGGCGGGCUGGCCAACACGUUCGCCUGCGGGUCCUUUCGACCGGUAUGGGCUUCUUAGGCCUUACCGAGGUUCACCCCUUCACGAUCGCAAAUGUUGAGAGAACAGAGGAAGGAAUGGUCUUGAUGUGCAAGAAGGCCGGGAGAUGGACAACAAAGAUGUACGAAUUAUCUGCGACAGCAAAAUACGGCGAACAGGGUCGCGAGGUUGGUAGGGGCGUCAGGGUGAUGGUUGAAGGACCGUAUGGAGGUGUUGGUAACACGGUCAUGUCCAGCUACUCUGGUGCACUGUUCGUUGUUGGGGGUAGCGGCAUCACAUUCGCUUUGUCUGCGAUUCAGGAGCUCGUACGGUCUCAGGAUAACAGCAGCAUAACGACGAUUGAUAUCGUGUGGAGCAUUCCUGAUGUCGCAUCCCUGACCCCCGUGAUACCACUCUUUACUUCGCUUAUUGAGCAGAGCACGUUCGUCCGCCUUAGGGUUUCGGUGUUCUAUACCCGCGCAUCGAAGGGGUCUUUCCAGGGUAUGUAUCUCCCACCUGGCAUGACCCUUGUCCCCGGUCGCCCAAAGACUGCCAAAUUCCUGGAUGAUGUGGUUACCUCCACGCAGAGCGGAGGAGGUGCCACAGGAGUUUUUGUCGGCGUGUGCGGUCCGCCCGCACUCGCAAGAGACGUCGCUGGCGUCGUCAGAACUUUUGAUGUAUAUAGAAAGAGGAUGGUUGGAGGUAUCGAACUUCAUGCAGAGGUGUUUGGAUGGUAAUUGCCUGGAAGCAAACUUCGACGAUUUUCAUGGAGCUCAGGUGUUUCGAGGUGACUGCAAUCAAAGGCUCGAUGCCUUUCGGCAAUUGGUCUGCCAGCUGGCUGGGCAGCUGUACAAUAUUCACAAAGCUGGCGCAUUUCUUCUGUAAUUCGUCGGCCUUUGUAGUCAUGUAGAGAUGUAUCCCAAGCUGUGCUAGAUUUCGUGUAUAAUUACUUGGUGUGCCUAGGCUGAAGACAAUCGUUCCCUCUCGACUAUGCCAACUUUGUUCAUUGGCCGCUGCAGUAGGCAAAGGCAUCAGAGAGCCUCUGGAACAAAGGAAUUUGAU